GCGCGUUAUGGCUCAGUUGCGUGUGGACGCAGCACGGAUGUGGACAAGAAUUCCAACGUUCGGCGCUUAAAUGCCGUAAAGUGCGCGUUUUUCAGCUUAGUGCGCUUGCAAUUUGUGUAUGUGUAUGUGUAUGUGUGUGUUCGUAAGUACUCUUCGAGCAGCAAUCCUUAAAGAAACGCGCUAUUUUAUCAGCUAAAUUGUGGCUUGGUGCUUCAAAGUGAACACACAAAUAAUAUAAACAAAUUAUAAUUAAAUGUAGCGCUAAUAAAACGGUUAGAUAAUAGCGGCACGUUUCCUCUGUAUAUUAAUAAAAUCAAGAGCAUAUACGACAAUUGCAGUGCUGUAAGCAAAUCUACGGAAAUAAGUAGCACAUAUCCUCGUUUGAUUACAGAAAAAAUCGCAUGCGAUAAAUAUAUAUGUAUAUAUGGUAUAAAGCUAUAAACCGACAAGUAUAAGUAAAGUCGCUACUACCCUUCAAAACCAGUAAAAUUAUCAAACGGCGUCAUCACAAGCGCGUCAGCAGCAUGUCAAAGAAGCUCUUCAUUCUCGUUCUAACGGUUGCGCUGGUGGCGACAAUAUUUGUUAAUAGUGUUAGGAGCUCCGCAGUGUUGAUCUCUGAUAACGCCAUGUCGGUUAUGGUAGAGCUUUCCUCGCGGCAUCCAUUCUGCAAAAUGCAUACUGAUCGUGGUGAUAUCCAACGUAUGCUGCUGCAAUCGGAUCCCAGACGCAUACGACAGGUACCGCGCGAAUCGGUUAUGGAGCUGGAGGAGGUUUGUUUAAAAUCCGGCUCAUAUGGGCGUGAGUUUCGUGGAGGCUUGGGUUUUAUCUAUCCCGGCACGAAAUGGUGUGGACCAGGCACCACCGCUGACGAUUAUAAUGACUUGGGUCCGCAUGUCGCCGAAGAUCGCUGCUGUCGCGAACACGAUCACUGUCCGAAUGUAUUGAAUGUGGGCGAGUGCCGACGCGGCCUCUGCAAUACCGGCACUUUCACGCGUUCGCAUUGCGACUGUGAUGCACGUUUGCGCAAAUGUUUACAAUCGCUCAAUACAGAAACGGCUAACACGCUCGGCGCGAUAUUCUACAACGUGGUACAGGUGACUUGCUUCCAAGAGCGCAGUCCAUGCUCGGCGCACCAAAGGUUUGAAGAUUUCUUUUAUCGUACAAAUCGCUGUGAUAUUACAUUCCGUCAGGCGGAUCUCUAUGUGCCGCCCAAUGCGGGCAAUGUUAUAGAGAAAAUUCUAUCACACCCCUACGGCUUGCCGCCAAAGCCUUACUCUUAUCCGGGACCCACUCACGGUAAUGAAUACUACGGUCGCGCGCUGCGCCCUGACAGCGUUCCGGCUGUAAGACAAAAUUUCAAUACGCUCACCAAGCGCUUGGGCGUAAAAGUCGCUUCGGUGGGUUUGGCCGCAGUGAAUAUUUUGCGCGAGAUCGUGCAGCGGCCGAGUGUACUGUGGGACACUUUCAAUUCCCGCGUUAGCUCCGAACUGCCCCCAGGCAAUGGUAAUGGCCGCUCAGCAGAGGAGCGGGGUUAUUACUAUGAUCGUCCAAAUCCAGGUUCCAAUUAUUUUUACAAUCAAAGAAAUAAUGUAUCGCCGAAUAAUUUUUGGAAUUAUUGAAGAGACACUGAAAGACUGACUUAAGUUGCGCAAUUAACAUUUACUUUAUUUAUUUGCAGAAGUUUAUGAGUUCUUCAUUAAGCAGCUUUUGUAAAUAUUCAUAAUUUCUAAUUAUAUACAUAUUUUUAGUUUAAGACUUCUACUUUUAGUUUCAAAAGAAAGCAGUAUUAAAGAUUUUAUGUUAACUUUAUAUAA